GAACCACGCCAAUCACGCCAAUACUCUCAUCCAAGGGAAUAGCAAUGGGCACCGAGACCACCGAAAACCGCGAAGUCAUCCAGCCUUUCAGCAUCAAUGUUCCGGAAGAAGCUCUCGCAGACCUACGCCGACGUCUAGCACAAGCGCGUCUGCCGGACCGCGAGACGGUAGAUGACUUCUCACAGGGCGUGCCCCUGAAAACCAUCGAGCAAGUCCUGCACUACUGGAAUACCUCCUACGACUGGCGCAAAGUUGAGGCACGUCUCAACGCCGUGCCAAACUUCAUCACCGAAAUCGAUGGGCUCGAUAUCCACUUCCUGCACGCGCGCUCGAAGCAUGAGAACGCACUGCCGCUGAUCGUGACACACGGCUGGCCCGGCUCGGUAGUAGAGCAGCUGAAGAUCAUUGACCCGCUCACAGAUCCCACGGCGCAUGGAGGGAGUCCCGCGGAUGCCUUCCAUGUGGGCGGCGACUGGGGGGCAUUGGUCACCGAUCAGAUAGGUGUCCAGGCGCCGAAAGAACUGCUCGGCAUCCACACGAACAUGCCCGGCGCCAUUCCCGAGGACAUCAACCUGGCAUCUCUCUCCGGGGCCUCAGCACCCUCUCUUCUCUCUGCCGAGGAGCGGAGCUCGUACGAUCAGCUCGUGUUCUUCUACAAGAACGUCUACUAUGCCUUCUGGAUGGGUACGCGGCCACAGACGAUGGCCGGAUUCGCAGACUCGCCGAUCGGCCUGGCGACCUUCCUGCUGGACCACGACGCACGUAGCCUCGAGCUGAUUGCCCGCUCGUUCGAUGGACAGGCCGAGGGUCUCUCGCCGACCGAUAUCCUCGACAAUGUGACGCUGUUCUGGCUGACGAAUACCGCGGUCUCGGCUGGGCGGCUGUAUUGGGAGAAUAAGCUGCCUUUCUUCACUCCUAAGGGCGUCAAGGUGCCUGUUGCGGUGAGCGUGUUCCCCGAUGAGCUAUACCAGACCCCAAGGACUUGGGCGGAGAAAGCUUACACUCACCUUGUUCACUAUAAUAAGGUUGAAAAGGGUGGACACUUUGCUGCAUGGGAACAGCCGGAGAUCCUUACUAAAGAACUUCGCGAUGGCUCUAGGUCCCUACGCAAGUAGUUAGCUCGAGACAGGUUAGCGCUGGCUUAAGGAAGUCCCUGUGCCGUUUUGCUUUGAAUACAGUGGUG